GUCCAGAUCAUCUAUGCAUGCCCCCCCAAAACACUAAUCGAUCACUCACCACAACACGCAAACACUAUCCCCCAAUUCCUUUUCCAUAGCUCAACGUGGAGAAGGGAACGGCGCGGUUACUCAACUCAAACGGAGCUGCCCGCGGCGGUCCACGUACACUUUUCAUUUUUCGUUUUGGAUUUUACCUGCAUUGUCGUCUUCUACUGUUCGUACCAAGAUGGUUGCCCAGAACUUUGUAGUUGAUUUGAAUAAGGCCCUUGUUUUCCAGGUUGGUCAUCUUGGUGAAGCUUAUGAAGAGUGGGUUCAUCAGCCCAUUGUUAGCAAGGAAGGCCCCCGUUUCUUUCAAAAUGAGGUUCUGGAGUUCUUGACCCUCACAGUCUGGUGGGCAAUACCAGUCAUUUGGCUUCCAGUUGUAUGUUGGUUUGUAUAUAACUCUGUACAAAUGGGCCUCAGCUGUCCUCAUAUAGCUCUGAUGGUGGUUCUUGGCAUUUUUGUAUGGACAUUCCUCGAGUACACAUUGCACCGUUUUCUUUUCCACAUUAAAACAAAGACCUACUGGGGAAAUACCAUGCAUUAUCUUCUACAUGGAUGCCACCACAAACACCCCAUGGAUGGUUUGAGACUUGUUUUCCCCCCUGCUGCAACAGCUAUAUUGUUGUUCCCGUUCUGGAACACGGUGAAGCUCUUUUCCACCCCUUCAACUGCUCCUGCUUUAUUUGGAGGCGGAUUAUUGGGUUAUGUAAUAUAUGAUUGCACCCAUUAUUACUUGCAUCACGGUCAGCCAAGGACUGAAGUUCCCCGUAAUCUCAAGAAGUACCACUUGAACCAUCACUUUCGAAUCCAGGAUAAAGGCUUUGGGAUCACUUCAAAACUAUGGGAUAAAGUUUUUGGAACACUUCCUUCAUCAAAAGCGGAUGCCAAAAGUAUGUAAAUUUACUGUUAGGAAUAGCAUAUGUUGGUUGGUUAAAAUAAUAGAAAAUUCAGGAAUUCCUGUUUUAUUUGUCUAGUUAUUUAUUCUUCUCCAUGAUUAAUGUUUGUGGGGGUUAGCUUGCCAUUUUUCUGAUAAUUUUAUAGUGCCAAAGUUCUCCAAUUGUGAACACACUGUAAAAAUUGAUAUAUUUGAUCAGGUUUAUGGUGGAAAUCUAAUCUACUUGUGUA